AUGCAUAUGACAACAAAUGCAUUGGCAGAGAGUGCAGAUGAGUGUUUGGCAAAUGGUAUAUUGAUUACGAAGGUGGCUGAGGAUUUUUACAAGAAUCUGUUAGGUACAGAGCAAGUGAAAUUUACUGAGGCAAAAGCAGCUAGAGUUAGGCAACUUAUUCCUGCUGCUAUAUCUCUUGAACAUGUAGCCAUUCUGGAGAAGGAGGUUACUGCAAAAGAAAUUAGAGACACCUUAUUUCAUAUGAAAGCAAACAAGGCCCCUGGUCCUGAUGGGUUUUUGAGUUGGAUUAGGGAGUGUAUCACAUCUCCUAAGUUUUCUGUUUGUAUUAAUGGUACUUUGGUUGGCUAUUUUGAAGAUAAAAAGGGGCUGAGGCAGGGUGAUCCUAUAUCUCCUUACUUGUUUGUUCUUGCUAUGGAGGUUUUUUCUACGAUUAUGGCUGAUCACACUAGUGGUAAUGGUGGUUUUAAAUUUCAUCCUAAAUGUGUGAGAAUGAGGCUUACUCAUUUGUAUUUUGCAGAUGAUCUCUUGAUCUUUUCAGUAGCUAGUUUGAGCUCUAUAAGAGUUAUUGAGGCUGCUUUGCUUGAGUUUGAGAAUUUGUCUGGUUUGAAAGCUAACCCUUCAAAAAGUUCAUUUUAUUGUUCUAGAAUUUCAGAUAGAUUGAAGCAUGUUCUUUUGGAUGAUUUAAGGAUGAAAGAAGGUCAUCUCCCUGUGGGGUACCUUGGAGUUCCUCUUAUUUCUUCUAGACUUUCUUCAGCUGAUUGUGGAGCUUUACUUAGCAUAAUUUCUGGUCGAAUAGAUUCUUGGCUUUCCAAAAAUCUCUCUUAUGCAGGCAGGCUCCAGUUGUUAUCUUCUGUUCUUUACAAUUUACAAGUGUAUUGGAUGGGUAUUUUCAUUCUUCCCAAAAAGAUUAUUAGAGCUAUUGAACAGAAAUUCAAUAGGUUUCUUUGGAAUGGGAAAGAGGAAGGUGUAGCUAAGGCUAAGGUUGCUUGGUCUGAUCUUUGUUUUCCUAAGAAGGGGGGAGGUUUGGGGUUGAAGAGACUUGAAGUUUGGAAUCAAACAUCUAUGCUUAGGCAUAUUUGGAACAUUUUUGCUAGGUCUGGUUCCAUUUGGGUUGCAUGGGUAAGAGAAAAUCUUUUGAAGAGAAAGAGUUUCUGGAGUGUAGGAAUUUCUCAGAACUGUUCUUGGAGUUGGAGGAAAAUUUUGAAGCUGAGAGAUAUUGCCAAAAGAUUCUUAAAUUUUGAGGUUGGGAAUGGAGAUAAUAUUCAUAUGUGGCUGGAUUUGUGGCAUCCUGCAGGAAUAUUAAUUGAGCAGUAUGGCUUUAGGGUUGUUUAUGAUACUAAAAGUAAUAUUGAAGCUAAACUGUCUUCUGUUAUCUGCAAUGGAGAUUGGUUUUGGAGACCUGCAAGAUCAGAAGCUUUAGUUGACAUUCAAGCUAGGCUUUCUGAAGUUUGCUUGGGCCAGUGUGAUAAACCUAUUUGGCUUGGUUCUAAGAAGGAUGUCUAUGUUAGUGUAGAAACUUGGGAAGCUCUUAGAAAGAAGAAUGCAGAGGUUAUUUGGUGGAAAUUGAUCUGGUUCCCCCUUGCUAUCCCUAAACAGGCCUUUAUCUUGUGGCUUGCAAUGAAAAAUAGGCUUCUUACAGGUGAAAGAUUACUUAAAUGA